AUGCGCGCAUGGCUAGCACUGCUGACUUUCGUUGCUAUCGCCCUGGCCACACCGCUCGAGCGCCCAGAACUUCAAGGAGAGCAGGCUGUCUUGGAGACGGAUUGGUUAGCGAGUGACGAGGAACCGCUGGCGCCGACCCCAGCGUACCGCUCGCUAAACACGACACGGAACCCGGGCUGGAUGGCACGCAUCGCGGACGAGACGUCGCUGGCUGCGCUGUCGAUUCCGGGGACGCACGAGUCGAUGGCGAUUAUGGGGACGAGCGUGGCUCAGUGUCAAGAGAACCUCGGAAAGUCAGCAGCAACACUCACCGCGCAGCUCACCGCCGGCAUUCGCGCCAUCGACAUCCGACUCCGUGUCGAAAGCGGGAACUCGCUUGUCGUGCACCACGGCUCUGUCUACCAGCACGCCAACCUCGACGAUGUCUUCUCCGCGCUCGCCGCCUUUCUCUCGGCCAACCCUAAAGAAGCCAUCCUCCUGCGCCUCAAGCAGGAAUGCACCGGCGAGUUCGGCUCAUGCACCGACGUGACCGGGCCAACCCAGCUGCCCUUCGUCGACAUCAUCGACUCUUACAUCGCCCGCUACCCCACCCUCUUCUGGCCGCCCAGCGUCGACCGCCAGUGGUCUGCGCCACUUCCUACCCUCGGCGCUAUCCGCGGCUCUGUGGUCCUCAUGGCGCUGCACGGCCCGCGCGGAGGGCGGUUUGCCUAUUACGGGCUGGAGCAGUUCUCCGGGUGGAACGAUGGCAACUCGACAUACGUCCAGGACAACUAUAAUGUGCCCUCCAUCGGCGCGAUCCCCACCAAGCGCGAUCAGGUGCGCCGCUUCCUCGAUGCGUACAACUCCGCUGCCGGGGAUGCGGAUGCGAUAUACGUCAACUUCUGCUCCGGCGCGUCGUACCUGGCGCUGCCGAGUCAAGUCGCGGGGGGCGUGCUGGCCAUUCAGGGCGUGAACCCGUUUCUGCUCGGAUAUCUGGGCCACACGUUUGGCGGAAUCACACGGCGCACGUCCGUCGUCAUGAUGGACUUUCCCGGCGGCGGGCUAAUUGAGCGCAUUCUCUCGUUCAAUCCGUAG